AUGGCUUCAGAAUCCUACAAGACUGCUCCGGAAACCUCCACGUCCUGGGAGAAGGAGGAGGAUCGGCCGCCGGUAGCGCCGCCACGACAGCCUCCGCAGUCGAGAGCCUCGGCAGCCUACUUUGCAUUGGUUGAUGUGAUUUUGAGAUUCCUACUGUUUGCUUCAGCUUUGGCUGCUGUUUUGGUUAUGGUUACCAGUAAGCAAACUGAAAUAGUUCCAAUACCAAUUUACCCAUUCCAGGCUCCCGCCUCUGCUAAGUUCAAUCAUUCACCAGCUUUCAUAUACUUUGUAGCAGCACUUUCUGCUGUGGGCUUUUACAGUAUUAUUACCUGUCUCUUCUCCUUGUUUGCCCUCUUGAGGCCUGGUAGCUGUCCAAAAGUGGUGUCUCAUUUUGUCAUAUUCGAUGUGCUAUUCUUGGGAAUAGUAGCAGCCGCAACCGGAACAGCGGGCGGAGUUGCCUAUAUAGGUUUAAAAGGCAAUUCUCACACUGGAUGGAGAAAGAUUUGUAAUAUCUAUGGCGAGUUCUGCAGGCAUAUCGGAGCUUCCGUUGCAGUGUCACUGAUCGCUUCUAUUUUGUUGGCAUUGCUCGUUUUGUUCUCGAUUUCCUCUCUCUCCAAGAAAAUCCCCAGAUAG